CAGCAAAGGGAUCCCAUGAGACCCAUGCUGUAGUAGGGAUUUUGUCUCUCUGUUCACUCUCUCGCAUCACUUCCACUUCCAAUAAGGGGCAGAACAGAUUUGAAUCUCUCUGCCCCCACCUCCCUCCUCCUCUCUCCUUCCCAUCCGUAGUUCUUGUGUGAUGGGAGAGAGAAUUCCCCCUGGGAGUUACUUCCAGUACCCACCUCCUGGAGUCCAUGCUUCUCCACACAGGUCUUCUCUCCCUGUAGAUCGAGAAAGAUAUUUGGCUGAACUACUAGCAGAGAAGCAAAAGUUGGGACCAUUCAUGCAAAUUUUGCCCCUAUGUAGCAGACUUCUAAAUCACGAAAUCAGACGGGUGUCAGGCUUCAAUCAAACUCUUGUAGAUCAUGAAAGACUUGAGCAUGAGAGUCCAUUUAGGACAUUAAGUCAAAACGCAAAUGGUAGACCAAUGGAUUUGGAGGGAUGGCCAGGAAUGCAAAUGGAGGAAAAUGGACAUAUCCAGAGAAUGGCCCCGUUUCAAUCUCCUUCUAUGGGUUGGCCUGGGGUGCAAGGAAUUCCAACCACUCCUAUUGUAAAGAGAGUUAUUAGACUUGACGUUCCAGUUGACAAAUAUCCACAUUACAAUUUUGUUGGCAGAAUUUUGGGACCACGUGGGAACUCCUUAAAAAGAGUUGAAGCGAUGACAGAGUGUAGGGUUUACAUCCGAGGUCGGGGCUCUGUGAAGGAUUCUGUAAAGGAAGAGAAAUUAAAAGAAAAGCCUGGAUAUGAACAUCUUAAUGAGCCAUUGCAUGUAUUGGUGGAGGCUGAAUUUCCUGAGGAUAUAAUCAAUGCGCGAUUGGAUCAUGCAGUGGCAAUACUAGAAAACCUUCUGAAGCCUGUGGACGAGUCCUUCGAUCACUAUAAGAAGCAACAGCUUAGGGAAUUGGCUAUGCUAAAUGGUACAUUGAGGGAAGAGAGUCCGAGUAUGAGCCCGAGUAUAAGCCCUAGCAUGUCACCAUUUAACAGUACAGGAAUGAAACGAGCCAAGACAGGAAGAUAACUCGUAUAAACAUGAUUAAUUGUUUUGAUCACUGAAACAGUAGCGUCUGACUCGUCGAAGACCUUGUGGCAUCUUGAUAAUUUUGACUUCCAAAACCGUGAGAAGCUGUGUUGACAAACUGAUGAACUAAUUUUGGGCUCUUUGUUUGGCUUCUCAUAGGGUUCAACCGCUGCGUUAGUUCUGUGCAACAUACUUCUACGUGCAGUAAUAUAUUCUUUCAUGUGUUAUCCCAUUGAUAGCCAACACAU